CUCUCGCGAUUCCCUCCAACAUCCGCACCCACUGGUAUGGCAACUGCGAGCAGCGUCUCUCCUACUCCUAGUCCUCUCUGCUCCCUCUCGCGCCAAACUCCCGUCUUCAAACCCAAGCCUUCCGACUUCUCUCUCAGAAUUCUCAGUCCGGCAUCCUCAAACCCUAGCGCCGUCGCCUUCUCACCUUCUUCUCUCUCAGCUCCUCGGUUCGCCUCCAACAAUGUGGCGUCCUCGUCGUGGGACAGACCUCGCCGUCUCUCCUGUAGAUGUCACUCGUCUACUGUCCCCGUCAACAUCAGCAAUUACGAGUUCUCUGACAAUGCUUCUGAUAUGGAACUGCGGAUACAACUUGGGGACGUAGAAAUUCAAAGCCCUAGAGAUGUUUCUGUGGAUGCAGAAGACACCUCAUUAACCAUCAAAGUCAAGCGUGCAGGGAAUCUCUUCACACUAUUGGAAGCAGAUACUCUUUUUGAUAGAAUAAAGGCUGCUGAAACUAUAUGGUAUAUAGAUGACGAUGAACUAGUUAUUAACUUGAAGAAGCAGGAUCCUGAUCUAAAAUGGCCUGAUAUUAUGGAGUCCUGGCAGUCACUAACUGCAGGAGCCAUGCAACUUCUUAAAGGAGCAUCUAUCUACAUCGUUGGGGACUCCACAGAGAUCAACCAGAAAGUGGGAAAGGAACUCGCUGUGGGUCUUGGGUAUACGCCUCUUGAUACCAAAGGGUUGCUGGAAACAUUUGCCAAGCAAACAAUUGAUUCAUGGGUGACUGCUGAAGGAAAUGACUCUGUUGCAGAAGCAGAGAGUGCGAUCCUAGAAAGCCUAAGUAGUCAUGUCCGAGCUGUUGUCGCAACUCUAGGAGGGCAACAGGGAGCUGCUCGUAGAGCUUAUGGAUGGAGGCAUCUUUAUGCAGGAUUUACAGUCUGGCUGUCUGAGACCGAAGCUACAGAUGAAGAUUCUGCCAAGGAAGAGGCCAGGAGACACAUUAUAGAUGGGUCUCUGGGGUACUCGAAUGCAGACGUGGUUGUUAAGCUCCAAGGGUGGGACAGUGUCCAUGUGAAGAGUGUGGCUCAGGCAUCUCUGAGUGCACUUAAGCGCCUAAUUCUGUCUGACAAGGAUCUUCCAGGUAAGAAGAGCCUCUACAUAAGGUUGGGAUGCCGAGGCGAUUGGCCGAACAUCAGGCCUCCAGGAUGGGAUCCGUCGACUGAUGAUGAUGCUACAGUUUCAAAUACGUAGUAAAGAUUGGAGAAGAAGAGAUCUGAUGCCAUGCAGAAGUUUUGAUCCUUGAAAUCUUCUUUAUGUUAUGUUACUCCUCGUCUUCAUAUCAUGACAUCUGUUCUCUUCUCAACAAUUAAAAAGGAAAAGAAAAAAAGCUAUGUAUUCAUUUUGAGUUGUACCUUGUCCCCUUUCA